AACUGAACCGUCCUUACGAAAAACGUCUGGUCCAAAAACCCCUGCUAACCACCAGAUAAACACAGCAAGACAAAGACAACCCUCCUUGAACUUAGCUCCCGUUAUCACCACCAGUCACAGUAAACCACCAUGGGUACCACCGCCACAACCACCACUCGCUUCCCAUUCUCCCUCCCACCCCCUAAAUCCUAUCCUCCACACAACCACCACCACUCCAAAGUCUCCAUCUUGACUCCCACUAUAACCCCCACUUUGAGACUCCAAGCUAUGGGAGCUGGCGACAAGUUAGGUGAAUUUGGUGCUAGAGACCCUUUUCCUGCUGAAAUAGAAAGUGGGUUUGCUGAGAAAGUGUUAGGAAAUGGUAAUACUGAACAUAAGAUUCUCAUUCCUACUGUUUCUGCUCUUUCUCUUUCUCAGCAAGAGUGUACUCCUAUAUCUCCUUUGCAAGAUCCCAUGUCUAAAGAUGAUGCUCAAAAACUGUUAAAGAAGGUUCUAGGCUGGAGACUCCUGGAUGAAGAAGGUGGACUGAAACUGCAAUGCUUGUGGAAGUUGAGAGAUUUUAAAUGUGGGGUUGAGCUUGUCAAUAGAAUUUACAAAGCUACAGAAUCAUGUGGCCAUUUCCCAAAUGUGCACUUGGAACAGCCCAAUCAAGUUAGAGCUGAACUAUGGACUGCAUCCCUUGGUGGCUUGAGUUUGAAUGAUUUCAUUGUCGCGGCCAAGAUUGAUGAGAUUAAGACAUCUGACCUUGUCCCUAAAAAAAGAGUCUGGGCAUAGUUGGAUUUUUCUUGUAAGCUUUCCUGAAGGAACCUGAGAGAUCGGUCUCUUAAUAAGUUGGUGUUUCAGAAUCCAACAACAGUCUACAGAGGCCUCAUUUUUCCACAAUUCAUGAAGAGAACUCACUCAGCUUUUUCCUCAGUCCUUGUGUAUAUGAAUUUUUAUUCAUUCAGAAUUUAUGAUUUUCUUGAUCCUUCUACGUUCACUUCUGAUAUACAAUCAAUUAAGUUGCAAUCUGCAAAACUACCUUCCAUUUGUGUUCUAA